GAAAUACAAUGAUGUCCAAUUUCUAAAAAUUUGUAGCAUUGCUCCGUAUUCUUCUCUUAACAUGAAGAAAGUAGGUACGUUCCCAUCCAGCACAACUCAUCCAACACAUUUUAUUUCAAUUAAUCCGGUAUGUCUAGGCUUGUACACGAUGCUCAGCGUGAAUGGAGCAUUGUACGGCGCUUGGACCUGCUGCAGAUGUGCAUUUUUCGAUCAAAUGUGUACUGUGAAACGGAAAAAAGAAAAAUACCAGGAGGUCAAGAUAGAAUAGAGAGAAAGGAAAACACAAACACGUGAAGAUAAUCUGGUUUUGCAGGACUUGAGGAUAUUCGUCCUCCUGGGGUUCUGUCAGCAUAUCAUACAUCUGUCAAUGCAUCUGGAUCAAACCAAACGAAGUAGACACGACCGGAUUGAGCCCCAAUUAUAAGAGCAUUCUCUCGAGUUACCCAUACGUUGUCUAAUAAGUUGGUUCGGUAUUCU